AUGAAGACUCACUCUUUGAUUCAAACCCUCGGUUGGCAUCAUCACGCUGGCCGUUACAAGCGACCUUGUCCGGUUGGUGUGGAAUCAAACCGAAUGUACCUCCGCCGUGAGCGUGACUCUCCCCGCUGGUUAUCAACACCCUCAGCAUCCCGAGCAAAGAAACAAGCGCUUGACAGAGAUGUCAUUGUCUCCGUCCUCGAGGCCUCAGCCACGCGGCGAGAUGCAAAGGGGUAUCUUCAGAAAUAUGCGUCAAAAAACCCCAACUCUUUAGAGCCCGUCAUGAACAGUGUGAAGGACCAGCAGGCUAAAGAAACUGAGGUGGACAAUGCUGAACCCAUCAACGCCGCUAUUGUCAAACUGCAAUUGCCUCAGGAAUUAUCGCCAGAAACUCUCUAUGGGAUUGCAAAAACUUUAUCGCAGCUCCGUACCCUUGGGCUGCUUGCGCUUGUGGUUGUGGAUUGUGGCGAUGAAGCUGACCGGCAAAUAUUUGACAACGAGGCCCUGCGGCUUUGCGAAGCUGUCGACUCGUUUGGGAGCCCCGGUGCGAAGCUGGCCGACCAUGUGUUUCUCAAAGGGGGCUCUGAUGGGCAUGCCUCUGUGACAUCCAAAUUUUGCGAUGACAUGCGAGUUGAUGAUCAGUAUCUAUUAAGGCGAGCGCUACAGCAUGGUAUGGUCACCGUGAUUCCAUCUUUGGCCAGACAAGAUGAGAUAUCCUCUCGCACACCUGCAGAUUCGAACAAGGCGACUAUUGCGCUGGCCAAAUUCUUAGCCGGUCUGCAACUGGAUAGCGAAAACAGUGAUAUGAUUGAAGGGACAACGCCUCCACGCCCAACAAGAAUUGCCUCUGUUGAACGAAUCAUCAUCCUGGAUCCAGUUGGCGGGACGCCCAUGGCCCGACACCCUGAGGUUUCCCAUAGGUUCAUAAACCUAGAGCAAGAGUAUGACGACCUGAUUGGCAGUCUAAAGGCCAACGAAUGCAAAAUUCACUUUGGGGAUGUGCAGAGACAUAUUGCGAACCUGAGCCUAGCCAGGGAAGCACUCUCCAUUCUGCCGCCGACUUCUUCAGCCCUUAUUACUACCCCCUUUGCGGCUGCUAAUGCAAGACCCAGUACGGUGUCCCAUCUAGCUGUCCGUGCAAUAGGAUCCCCUCCCUUUGGUCUUGAUGGCAUGGUUACAACCAGAAGGCAGAAGAACCCCCUUCUGCACAACCUGUUGACAGAUCGCCCUGCCUUUUCCCCGUCGUUACCUCUUCAAAGAAUUCACGAUGAGGAACGAGGUUGUCUGCAAAGCGCAGCGUCUGGAUCCGCUACAUUAGUAAAAAAAGGCAUGCCUGUGACAGUAUAUCCAGAUCCCAAGAUACACAGAUGGCGACCCCCAAAACCUGGUUGCUCUCGUUUUCGGCUCACCGACAACUCCAUAGAUCUUCCACGACUGAUUUAUCUUAUCGAAGACUCCUUUAAUCGCAAACUUGAUGCGCGACAUUACUUGGCAAGGGUCAACGACAACCUGGCAGGCAUUAUCAUUGCUGGUGAAUAUGAAGGUUGCGCUAUUUUGACUUGGGAACGCCCUGCCGACGUUGACGAGCAAACCGCCCAUGAUACUGGCCGACUAGUUCCAUAUCUUGACAAGUUCGCAGUCUUGAAGAAUCGCCAAGGAAGCAGUGGAGUCGCAGAUAUAGUCUUCAACUCAAUGGUGCAAGACUGCUUCCCUGAAGGGGUUUGUUGGAGGAGCCGGAAGAAUAACCCUGUCAAUAAGUGGUAUUUUGAACGAUCUACCGGAACUUGCAAGCUUCCAGACUCUAACUGGACCAUGUUUUGGACGACACUUGGCCUGGGAAGUCGACAUUCAACCUUGCAAGACUACGAGUCGUUGAAAAACAUCCCGUCAGCUUGUCGAACGAGUCCCCAUAUCCUCAUCAGUGCUUUCAAGAUGGAUUUCAAAAGUUUUGGCAAGAACCUCUCCGAUUUUGGAGCGCAAAUCACGCCUUUUGCGUCGCGCACCUUUCAGUUCACCAAGGAACAAUUUGGCCAGGCUGAAGACAAGACCCAGCUCCCACCGGACUAUAUCGACCUUGAGAAGAAGGUAGAUGCCUUAAAGCAGGCUCAUCAAAAGAUGCUCGCCGUAACUUCGCAAUACUCGAACGAAGCCUACGACUACCCGCCUAACAUUAAGGAGACAUUCCAAGACCUUGGGCGUACUGUGAGCGAAAAGGUUUCUCUACUUUCCUCCGCAACUACCACGGCAGAGGCACAAGCCGCUUUGGUUGCGCCGCCGAGCGCCAAGCCGCAGCCCAAGACCUUCAGCCAUGCCGUUGCUCGCGCCAGUUUAGCAAGCAGCCAGCUUCUGCACCAAAACCACACCGGGGCCGGUGAAGAUCAAUUGGCCACUGCACUUGAGAAGUAUGCCAUCACGAUGGAGCGAGUAGGUGAAGCUCGUCUGUCGCAAGAUUCCCAAAUCCAGAGCAGUUUUCUUGCUGGCUGGAAUACGACCCUAAACACGAACCUCAACUUCGCUACCCGCGCGAGGAAGAAUGUGGAGAGAUCAAGGCUCUCUCUUGAUGCGGUCAAGGCUCAUGCCAAGGGGACCACCUUCAAGCUCGGCGGGCAUGGUGCAGGUCGCCCUGAGCAGCAUGACGAGCAGGAGCUUAGCCCCGAAGCCCAAGAGGAAAUUGAGAAAGCAGAGGACGAAUUUGUGACACAGACCGAAGAAGCUGUCGGAGUCAUGAAGAAUGUCCUCGAUUCUCCCGAGCCGCUUCGAAACUUGUCCGAGCUGAUUGCUGCUCAAAUCGAAUACCACAAGAAGGCAUACGAGGUCCUCAGUGAGCUUGCUCCCGUAGUUGAUGGUCUGCAGACUGAGCAAGAAGCUAGCUACCGAAAGAGUCGUGAAGAGGCGUCCUGA